GCGGUGUACUCAUCUGUUUUUUAUGGUGUGUAGUGAAUUAGAGAGUUUUUUAUUGUUUUAAAAUAAAUACAAAUGCAGCCAAAGAUGUUUCAGUGGAAUGAACUCCAAACUAAUCAGUUAGUGAAAAGUUAUAAGAAAUGUCCUUACCUUAUAGACCCCAAUCACAAACUUUACAACGAUAAAACAAUGAGGAACUUUGCUGAGCAGAGUAUAUUAAAGGACAUGCAGUUUUUAAGACCAGAAAUAACACUUAGUGAUAUUCAAAAUAAAUUUGAAUCAUUGCGGGCGACUCAUUUUCAAGACAGAGAUAUGGAACAUGAUCAAACAGAUUCUAAGAUUUUUAGAGAGUCUCCAAAUUCUUUAAGUGCUCCAAAUAAUUUCCGUUCCAAGUCCUGUUCUUCUCUUAAGCCUUUGAAACGCAAAAGAAAGGACUCUGAAUCCGAGGCUGCUGCGGAAAAUGUCAGAGCAAUGGAACAUUUCUUUGGCAAAUAUGUCGCAUCCAGUCUCAAAAACAUGUCCGAAAUAAAUAAAGUUGAAGCUAUAAACGAAAUAAAUGCAACACUGUACAAGUACUCCAGAAAAUUAGAGACAACGUUAGAUAGUGAGGAUAACCUAUUUCAAAUAACAAUUUGUAAAUGAUUUUGUUUUUUAAAUGUUUGAUCAAAGUAAGGAUAACCUAUUUCAAAUAACAAUUUGUAAAUGAUUUU